CUUGAAGGCAGCACGUUAAACCUUCUCUUUCGCCAAACCUCCCGGAGAGCUGAACCAAACGUUCCCUCACCCUCCACUCAGGGCUCCGUGUGGGGGAGGAACGUGCCGAGGGACACCAGGCGCAGGACAGACACGCAACACAGCGGUGCUCUCUCCUCUGCUGGACGUGCUGUUUGCUUCCGUCUCCCCGAGGCGCGCGCUGUGUGAACCGGAGAAAGUUUGAUGUCCUGCGUGGACGGAGCCGCGGUGGAUUUGGGAGACUGAAUGAACGCGGUCCGCUCGGCUGAGACGACGCGGAGGACCGAGCGGGACCAGGUUGCCUCCAGAAGGAUGUGCUCUCCUAAACCCGAGCAGCUGGGAGGUCAAGAGGUGACAUGCGCUUUGUAAAACGCCACUGGAAACAAAUGCUCUGCUGCCAUGCCUCCGGGGAUGGCGCGUCGUCUUUCAGGGUUAGCGGUACGGACGCUGCUGUCGCUCCUCCUGUCACUACGCAGCGGGUUUGCCCAAGGAUCCGACUCGCCGCUCUCCGGUCUUUACCCCACCUUCAUCCGCAACGACACUCUGUUCGAGCACUUGGCCCUGCACCCCGACCCCAGCGCGGGUCGGAUCUACGUGGGGGCCCGUGAUCACCUGUUCCAGUUGGACCGGUUCCUCCAGCCUGAACGCCAGGCGGACACCGGGCCGGUCACAGACAGCCGGGAGUGUUUGCCCCCCGUAACCGAGAGCAACUGCCCCCAGGCCAGGCUCACCAGCAACCACAACAAGCUCCUGCUGGUCGACCCUUACUCCAUGGAGCUCAUCACCUGCGGGAGUGUCAACCAGGGGAUCUGCCAGAAACGCAACCUGGAUUCUGUGGACGAGGUCCGUUUCUCUACGGAGAGGCCCGUGGAUACUCAGUACGUAGCGGCGAACGACCCCAGCGUCAGCACCGUGGGGCUCGUGGUUCGCUCCCAUCCCGACAGGCAGCCGGUGCUGUUUGUGGGGCGGGGCUACACCAGCAGCCACCCGCCCAUUUCCACCCGAAACCUCGCGCAGGCCCCCAUCUUUUCUUACGAGGAGACCGCCAAGCUGGCCGUGGCCGGCCGCCUCUCGGAAUACGACCAUCACUUCGUGGCGUCGUUCGCCCACCGCCAGCACGUGUACUUCCUCUUCUACAGGCGGGACCUGAAGUCACAGUCACGGGAGUACCGCACUUACGUCUCGCGCGUUUGCCUGGACGACCAGGCCUACUACUCCUACGUGGAAGUGCCCUUGACGUGUCGUUCCAGGGCGGGGAAGAUUUACAACCUCUUGCAGGCCGUCCAGCUCGGCCUCACUGAGGACAGCGCGGCGACUCAAGGCUCAGAGGUUCUUCUCGGCGUCUUCUCCACCCGUUUGCCUUCAUCCACUCUGCCCAGCGAGGACUCGGCCCUCUGUAUGUUCAACCUCAAAGACGUGGACCGCAGGAUCAACUCCACCAGAGACCUGUGCUACACCCAGAUGGGUCGGGAAGCAGGACUAGAAGCGGCCUACAUCGAGUAUGAAGUCAAAUCCAACUGUGCCAACCUGCCAGAGAACACUCUGAACGCGUACCCCUGCGGCUCCGACCACACACCCAGCCCCAUGGCCAGCAAGAUGGCCGUGGAGGCGGAGACCAUACUGGACAGCCCGUCCGCCCGGCUCACCGCCGUGGCAGUCAGCGUGAGGCCGGGACACACCAUCGCCUUCCUGGGAGACUCCAGGGGGAACCUGCACAAGGUGUUCCUGGGCCCAAACGGGGAGGUGGAGGAGUACUCCGUCAUGUCCAUUCAGCAGAACACAGCCAUUAGUUCGGACCUCAUCCUGGACCAGAAAGAGGAACAUGUCUUCAUUAUGACCCAUAACAUGCUGCAGAAGAGGCCCGUGGCUGAAUGCCAGCAGCACCCAGACUGCCACUCCUGCCUGCAGGCCCACGACCCGUACUGUGGCUGGUGUGUGCUGGAGGGAAGGUGUGUGUUGCAGUCGGAUUGUUCUCGUGGGAAGCAGCCGGGUCAGUGGCUGUGGAGCUUUGACAUGGAGCAGCAGUGUCUCGCCAUCCAGGACCUCAACCCCUCCAACGUCAGCCGGGAGGAGAGCAGGAAGGUGUCUCUGUCCCUCCCCGGACUCCCGGUGUUGGAGCACGGCGAGUCGUACUCCUGCUUCUUCCACGACAGCCACAGCCCUGCCGUGGUCACCCAAAGCGGGGUCACCUGCCACUCUCCGGACAGCAGCCGGGUGCCGGCCGUGCCUCCGGGACAGGACUACGUCACGGUCACCCUGUCCCUCCGCUUCGGCGACGUCGCCGUCACAGCGAGGGAUUUCACCUUCUACGACUGUACGGCUGUCAAGCAGCUGUCUGGCAGCGUGCCUUGCCGCGGUUGCGUUCUCAGCCGAUGGGGCUGUAACUGGUGCGUUCACCAGCACUUGUGCACCCACAAGCCCACCUGUGAGGAGGGGGUGAUCAUCUACAACCAACAUUUUAAACUCCCCACCUCGGCUCCGCCCACAAUCAAACCGAUAAAGGUCGUCACAGCAGCCGCUACCACGGCGGCUGCCCUGGCAACUAGUACCAUGGCAACCACCACAACGACUCCCGCAACCACAACGACUCGCCCCCCGGCGUCUACUGCCGCCGCUACAACGACGACGACGACGGCGGCGCCGGCCCCCGUCACUGUGGCAACCACUCAGCAGCCGACCAACCCUCCUCCGCCCACUGCCCCGCCCGUGACCACCGCCAACCCUGAGCCGACAGCCCCACCCACCACCCUGCCCGCGCAGCCCCCCAGCACCCUGCCAUUCACCUCCGCAGCACCCACUCCGCCCCCAAAGGUCGCCGCCGGGGAGCAAGAGCAGACGGAAGCAGGAGGGCUUCUCGUUGACGCGGACGGUGCCGCUGCCACACCCACGGCCUUCGCCGAGGCCCCGGAGCUGGUGCCCGUCACCUUAGCGGACGGUUUAGGUGCAGGUCUGGACCCCGUGGUGCCGCUGAUAAUCCCGCCCCAUGAACCGGAUUCUUACCCCCUGGAGGUGUUGACGGAAGCGGAAGGAGCCUUGAGCCUGGUGGAGCCGCCCACCCCGGCCUCCUCCGGCUCCCCGCUGCCAACUUCCUUCCCCUUGGAUGAGCGUGGCUACUCCCCCGAGCCCCCUUUCUACCUGGAGAUGACCCGGACGCCCACCCUGGUGCCCACACAAGACCCCCACACCGUGGCGGCGGUGCCAGGCAGCGACCCUGAGCUGCUCCUCUACCCUAAAGAAGAAGAAGAAGACGACGUCCACGCCGUCCAGUCAGAAAACGACAACGCCACAUUUUCCGCUGGCACCGUUUUGUCCGGCGACGGCGAGGUCGACCACGCGCCCCCCUCCUACCCCCACCUGUUGGACAGUGACUCAGAGCUGGACUAUCAGUAUGAUCCAGCUGACGCCUUCCUCCCGGGGGACGAGGGCUCCUACUUCAGCUGGGGGUCUUCAGCUUGUCCCUGCGUGGAGAAGGUCCAGGGUUCAUCAUUGCUCCCUAUCAGGGUGGAGAGGAAGAUCACCUUACUAGCCCGCAACCUGCACCUGUACCAGGACACGGAGCUGGACUACGAGUGCGUGCUGGUGAUCGAGGGGCAGACGGUGGUGGUGGACGCGUACGUGGAGGCUGAUGACGUGAAUCCGUCAAACUUCGACAUCACUUGUCAACUACACCAGUACACAUAUUUUGCUCAAGCGGAGGAAUACAAUGCCAUGGUGUACGUGAAGAGGAGGGACACCUUCCACGUGGACAGCUCCCCUGAUUUAUAUGUGACUUUGUACAACUGCGCCGUCGGCCGCUCCGACUGCAGCCGCUGCCACACGGCCGACAGCAAGUACGGCUGCGUGUGGUGCGGCGGCGCUCAGGCCAGCUGCCUGUACGUGGACUCCUGCAGCGAACCUGUACAGGAGACAUGCCCCGCCCCCGUCAUCCACUCCAUUGAGCCACUCUCCGGCCUGUUGGAAGGUGGAACCAUGGUGACCAUCUCUGGCUCCAACCUGGGCCAGAAGGCAGAGGACAUCCUCCACUCGGUGUCAGUGGCCGGGGUCCCCUGCACGGUCAUCCCCGGCCUCUACGAGGUCUCCUCCAGGAUUGUGUGUAGAACCCAAGCCAGCGGUGGAGAGAAGGUGGGCCCCAUGUCUGUGGAAGUGAGCGGCGGAGAGUUUGGUCGGUCCAGCCAGACAUUCAGCUACCAGGACCCGUUUGUGAUGGGUGUGACCCCUGAAAGGGGGCCCAAAGCCGGAGGGACGUCCCUGACAAUAAUCGGACGAAACCUGCUGACGGGACGUCCCUCUGACCUCGCCAUCACCGUGGGAGGGGUGCUGUGUGACAUCGUGUCAGAGGUGCAGAGCUCCAGUGUUCAGUGCGUGACCGGGAGCAGCAACAAGACCGGAGACCAGCGCGUCACGCUGCACUACGGCAGCAGCCAGCGCCACCUCCACGCCGCCGCCUACCGCUACACCCGCAACCCCAACAUCACCCACGCCGCGCCGGCCAACAGCUUCUUGGACGGCGGGCGGCUGAUCUACGUGUCGGGCCACGACCUGGACGUGGUGCAGGAGCCUCGGAUGGUGGUGACCGCCUCUCCGUUCGGCUCCACCAGCCGGAAUGAAAGGAGGAAGAGGGGGAGGAGGACUCUGGGCAGGUCGGCCAGGAUGGUGCCUGAGCCGAUCUGUCCCAGAGACCAACUCUGCUCCGUCAGACAGUUCACGGAGCGUUGUGAGGUGAACUCCUCCUCCCUCAUCCUGUGCCGCUCUCCUAUGGUGGACUCCUCCGUCCGGGGGUCAAAGGUCACCACGGAGUUCCUGCUGGACAACCUGCGCUUUGACUUCAGCCGCGUGAACUCGCAGACCUUCGGCUACGAGCCCAACCCCGUCCUGCGGCCCCUGAACCAGCAGGACCCGCUGAAGGCCUACCGCUACAACCCGGGCAGCUUCAUCCAGCUGGAGGGGGAAGACCUGGACCUGGCCAUCACGAAGGACGAGGUGGUGGUGCUGGUCGGCGAGGGCGUCUGUGCCGUAAAGACCCUGACCAGAAACCAUCUGUACUGCGAGCCGCCCCCCCAGCAGCCGCCACCAGCCCCCAACGGCAAGAGGCGCGAGGGCUCCGACAACCUGCCUGAAUUCACAGUCCAAAUGGGCAACCUGAACUUCUCCCUGGGGAAGGUUCAGUAUGACAGCCUCAGCCUGUCCACCUUCCCCCUGGAGGCUCAGAUCGGAGUCGGGGUCGGGGCGUCCAUAGUAGCCCUCAUCGUCCUCAUCAUCGUGCUCAUUUACAGGAGAAAGAGUAAGCAGGCUCUGCGAGACUACAAGAAGGUGCAGAUCCAGCUGGAGAACCUGGAAACCAGCGUGAGAGACCGCUGCAAGAAAGAGUUCACAGAUUUGAUGACUGAGAUGAUGGACAUGUCCAGCGACCUGGUGGGCUCCGGCAUCCCUUUCCUCGACUACCGGAGGUACGCCGAGCGGAUCUUCUUCCCCGGCCACCGGGAGUCUCCGCUGAGGCGAGACCUGGACGUCCAGGAGUGUCGGCGGCAGACGGUGGAGCAGGGCCUGGUGCAGCUGUCCAACCUGCUCAACAGCAAGCUCUUCCUCACCAAGUUCAUUCACACUCUGGAGAGCCAGCGGACCUUCUCGCCCAGGGACCGGGCCUACGUGGCCUCCCUGCUGACGGUGUCGCUGCACGGUAAACUGGAGUACUUCACAGACAUCCUCAAAACCCUCCUCAACGACCUGGUGGAGCAGUACGUGGCCAAGAACCCCAAGCUGAUGCUGCGACGGACGGAGACGGUGGUGGAGAAGCUGCUGACCAACUGGAUGUCCAUCUGCCUCUACGCUUUCCUCAGGGACUCAGCGGGGGAGUCUCUCUACAUGCUGUUCAGGGCCAUAAAGCACCAGGUAGAUAAAGGGCCGGUGGACGCUGUGACCGGCAAGGCCAAGUACACGCUUAACGACAACCGCCUGCUGCGAGAGGACGUGGAGUACAAGACCCUGACACUGAAUGUUUUGGUGCAGGGCGGCGGAGUGAACGAGAGCCAGCCGCUGCCCGCCAAAGUGCUGGACUGUGACACAAUCACACAGGUGAAAGAGAAGCUGCUGGAUCAGGUGUACAAGGGCACCUCCUUCUCCCACCGGCCCCACGGCGACUCGCUGGACCUGGAGUGGCGCUCGGGUGUUGCUGGUCACCUCAUCUUGUCCGACGAGGACUUGACCUCGGUGGUUCAGGGCAAUUGGAAACGCCUGAACACGCUGCAGCACUACAAGGUCCCAGACGGUGCGACAGUGGCGCUGGUGCCUCGCCACACCAAACACAUUCACCACGACAACCACGACUACGUCGCCGGAGAGAAGACCCCGAUGCUGGAGGACGCAGAUGAGGGGGGGGUGAGGCUGUGGCAUCUGGUGAAGGCCGGCGAGGAGCCCGAGCUGCCCAAACACCGGCGAGGCAGCCUGAGGGAGAGAGAGAGGGCCAAGGCCAUUCCUGAGAUCUACCUGACCCGCCUGUUGUCCAUGAAGGGGACGCUGCAGAAGUUUGUAGACGAUCUGUUCACGGUGAUCCUCAGCACCAGUCGUCCCGUCCCGCUGGCCGUCAAAUACUUCUUCGACCUGCUGGACGACCAGGCAGCCAAACACGGCAUCUCCGACCCGGAGACUAUACACAUCUGGAAAACCAACAAGGUUCAAAUGGGUUUUUGGGAAAACAUAUGGGAGAACCCUCAGUUCAUCUUCGACGUGCAGGCGUCGGACCACGUGGACGCCGUGCUGACUGUCAUCUCCCAGACCUUCAUGGACUCCUGCACCAUCGCUGAGCACAAGCUGGGCCGGGACUCUCCCAUCAACAAGCUGCUGUACGCCCGAGACAUCCCCCGCUACAAGCAGAUGGUGGAGAGGUACUACGCCGACAUCAGGCAGACCAUCUCAGCCAGCGACCAGGAGAUGAACUCUGCUCUGGCGGAGCUGUCCAGGAACUACUCCGGAGAACUCAACUACCUGGUGGCCCUGCACGAGCUCUACAAGUACAUCAACAAGUACUACGACCAGAUCAUCACGGCGCUGGAGGAGGACCCCACGGCCCAGAAGAUGCAGCUGGGCUACCGGCUGCAGCAGAUCGCGGCCGCCGUGGAGAAUAAAGUCACCGACUUGUGACAGAGGAAAACACCCACGAGAGCCGCGGGGGGGGGGUCAACAGACGGACAGCUCGAACUGAAAAGCAGGAGAGCCACAACCAGUUCCUCUUUGGGGGGGGGUUGGAGUGACGUGCUGCCUACGACUUCGGUCCGGACGCUAGAAGCAGGACGGCUCGCGGCGGCUCUGUCUGCCUCCUCCAGCUGCUCUACAGUCAGCUGAUCUCAUCCGAAGUGACCUAAAUGUCCCGUUCUCCCCUCUGAGUCCAUUUGAUGAGGCGGUACCUCUUAUGCCUUGUGUGCUUCUCGCUGCUGUAUGAUCAGAAGUGAUUUCUGUGUGUGUGUGUGUGUGUGUGUGUGUGUGUGUGUGUGUGCACCUUGUACUGUCACAUAUCCUGGUACAAACUUCUACCGGUUGUUUUAUUUUAAGUUGUCAGUAUUCAUAAAACCUGAGUUUUAAUGCUCUGAAAUGGACCCGCCCUGGUCCCAUUUCUCACAAGUAGUCACAAAGAGUUUAGUAGUCAGCAAUCAGCCUCCUGUUCUGCAGACAGCAGCAGCACUGUGUUCACUUCAGCCAGCAGCACCGACUCGCCCUCGUUCACACGUCCAGUCCCAGCUGGACGCUCCCAUCCGCAGCGGUAGAGACUUUUUUUACACCUUCAUUGUCUUUCCUUUCAGUUAUUUGGUACUCAAACCCCCCCAACGGAGGGUCAGUGUACCCUGUUCUUGUUACUUUCCUUGCUUUUAUACUUAUUCAUGUUUCUAUAGUGUGCAAAUUACUGGAAAGAUGUUGGAGGAACAAGCAAAAAAUGCUUCCAAGAGCAGAAUCCUAGAGCGCACCGCAGUGUUUUAAUGUGUCAGCAGUUUUAUUUUAUACAUUUUUAAACAUUCCUUUUGGGUUUUAAACGGCGUAUUGAAAUCAUGGUUUGCCUCGUUCCACUCCAAGCCGGGGGCAUGGUACUUUGUUUUCUGUGUGUGUUCGUGUCGUGGACGUCGUGGUCGGUGCACGGUUCUGCUGGUGGACACACGGUGGCGCCGCUUCACGUGCUGCGGGCAAGUUUUGCUACGACUGGUUCACUUUCUCCCACAGCACAGAGACCUUAUGUAGACGAGCUAAUGUUUGCUUAUGUCAAUGAACCUGGUUGGUCGUGGCUCCUUAAGGCUUAACAGGGUUGGACAUUUGUUUGACCUCUUGGAUUCCCGUGGGACGACCUUUCGCGGUUGGGCUUCUGUCGGGUCGAUGUGUAGUCAGAGCUGCAGACCCGGUGUCGUCUCUAUUCAGAAAGUCACCCAGCCACUGGAAUCAGUGACCGAAAACACAUGACAAUGUAGCCUUAAGGUUUAUUACUCCAUUAUUUAACACACAAGCAACUAAUGACUCGUAUGGAGGGUUUGUUCUGUCGUACACUGUCGGGUGAGAAAGGCAUGAAGGAAAUCCGUUUGAGGGAGAACUAUAACUGUCGUUAGGCUGUAUAAAUUUGGCGAUGUAGAGCAGGCUCUGCAAGGAGCAGUUUAGGGAUGUUUCUUAUUUUGUGUGUUAAUAUCAUUGUACAUACUGACUCAAAAAUUGUAACCGUAGCGUUAACCUGUUAAUUAAGAGAAAGUGCAAAUUCUCACAGAUGUGGAUGUAAUAAAAUGUUCAAAAAAUGA